ACCCUAUAUUUAAUGUAGAAGGGGUUUGGGCGGCGAGGUUGAAAGAAACAUCCUACAUUAAUAUUUGUAAAACCAGAUAAUUGCUUCCCACUUACACUUUAAAUACUAAAUAUCAGAAUUAUAUAAAUUAAGACAAGAAUAAUUAUUUUCAGUAAGUAUUCAACACACACACUACACCUGAAAACACCUACUUCAGUGGAACAAGGCAAUGUAAGAAAAGUAAGACAAAGUGCCAGACAGAUAAAUUUAUAAUAAUAAAUGGGAUGGGAUGCAUUGAAUUCACACAGGCCUUGUAAUAAUAAAUGUUUGGCAAUGGCUUCUUUCUCGAUCGAAGAUUUUGUGGGAAACGGUUGUCUUAAGGAAUUACUACCGAAGCUGUUAGACCGAGGGUGGGAUGACGUACCUACUUUGAAGGCAAUGAACUCCGGUGACAUGGAUGACAUCGGCAUGACUCGUCCCCAAAAGGAUGCACUAGAAAUUAGGUCAUACCUGCACGAUCGAGCGCUGAUGCAGUACAGUGACCAGUUAGAAGCCUCGGGCAAAAGUUUGGCGGAGCUUCUCAGCUUAAGCAACACAGAUCUCUCUUCUCUUUACGCAAUGAAAAGAGGCCACAUCGCUCGUUUUACGGACAGAAAGCAAAACAACCCCCCUUCGAGAAACAACAGCAUACACAGCAAGAGCGAUAAUAAUUCCAAAAAACUAGAAAACAUGACAAGAAACUCCCGGAGAAGUAGCUCCAGUUCCGAUAUUACCAUAGAACAAUCUCUGGCGAGUUUCAAGAUUGAAGAUGGGCAUGUCUUUAAGGGCAUUGUGGCUUCCAUGCCCGCAGAGUCUCGAGCUUGUGGCUGCGUACAACCACCGCCAGUGGCUGAAAAUGUAGCUCCUUAUUCCGCUAUCGAGAAUAUCUCUGUCCAGAAAUUAGCUCCCGAAUAUAAGAUUGGAAUCGAGCGGUUGGUCAAGAAUAAGGCGCCUCCCGUGAAAGCUUCGGAAUUGUGGCGGGAGAAACCAGCUGUAUUUGUCUGCAUUCGUCGGCCCGGGUGCAUUAUGUGCAGAGCUGAAUCUCAUCAGCUCUACUCCAAGAAACCGAUAUUUGAUGCUCUUGGAGUUCAACUAUUUGCCGUUCUUCAUGAGCAUAUAGAAUCCGAGGUAAACGACUUUUGGCCUCGAUAUUGGGGUGGUGCCUUGCUCUACGACAAAGGGCAGGGAUUUUUCAAGGCACUCGGUGGAGGGAAGCUGCUCAAAGAAAAGUUCAUAUCCGGUUUUCUGUUCAAUCCUAGAGCAAUCGCAAACUUUAAACGAGCAAAGGCUGUUGGACUAGAAAUGAAUUUUAAGGGUGAAGGUGAGAUUAAAGGUGGACUCUUUGUAGUCGGCAGGGGCAAAAGUGGGAUUGCUUACCAGUUCGUCGAGAGAAACUUCGGUGACUGGGCCCCACUUGGUGAAGUCAUAGAAAUCUGCACUCGAAUUCAGAACCUGCAGCACAUUCCAUUGGAGUCCAUAAAAUCACUAAAAGAAGAUGAAAAAGAAUGAAGAUAAUGGAGUAUUAAUUAGUCGACUUCAGCUUCGGCACCUGUCCUUAAUAAAAUCUAUCAAUUUGAUGAACUCUUUAAGGUUUAAAUACCGAUGUGUGUGUAAUUUUCUUUCCGUGUGAUUUUUCUUCAACAGAUGCAAAUUUUGUUUUGUUGAAUCAAAAGAUUGAAUUUUUUUCCUUAUUCAUUAA